AUGGAUGGUAAAAGUGAACCAACAUGUCUUGAUCCUGUGUCGUCUUCGAAACAAGACAGUAACGAGCAAAUCGAUCACGCCCACUUCUUGGUCAGCGACAUUAGCAGUCUGUAUCUAAACGACAGGUUUUCAGAUGUUGUUUUGGUCGUGGACGAAGAACGAUUUCCCGCCCAUCGUAAUAUAUUAGCCUCGCGUAGUGAUUAUUUUAGGGCCUUAUUUAAUGGAGAUUUUAAAGAAUUCAAUGAGUCGGUGGUGGAAAUUAAAGAAAUAUCAGUAAUCUCGUUUAAAAUACUCCUCCGGUAUAUUUACACCGGUCGGAUGAAUUUAAAUGCUCUAGAGGAUAAUGUGGUUUUGGAAUUAUUUAGCGUUGCGCAUUUAUUUAGUUUUUCAAACUUACAACUUCCAUUGGCCAAGUAUUUGCAAAAUAACGGUAAUGAACACAAUGUAUGUUCGUUGUUUGCUAUGGCAAGACUUUAUCAUUACGAAGAGCUCGAGUACAGAUCACUUCUCUUUCUUAAGUACUACGCUUUAGAUGCAUUGCGAUCCAAAGAUUUACUGUUACUGUCGGCCGAAGCAAUACAAGAUUUGCUGAACCGUGACUCGGUUUAUGCUAACGAAAUUGAUAUAUUCCGUGCGGUUUCUCAGUGGAUCCAAGAGAACCAAAACGAUCUGAGUCCUGACACUAAAAUCAAAGUCCUAUCUGUCGUCAGAUAUCAGUUAAUGACCGACGAAGAUCUGUCCGAAGUUAGGAAAUCACAACUGGUUGGUUCGGAUACGAUUUCGGAUGCCGCACAAAUGAGAAACACUAGACCGCUAGAACAACUUAAAUAUCGUGUACAAUUGAGAUACCACGUGGAUAUUAAUAAACCUCAAUAUGGAUUCCCGGUUAUCGAUGCAACUGACGGCGGUACUAUGAUCAAUUUCGGUCUUCCAAUGACUAUAAACUAUAUUGAAAUGAUGCUGCAUAACGAAUAUAUAGGGGUUUUCAGUUACUACGUUGAAGUUUCAAUGGAUGGGCAAGAUUGGGCGCGUGUUAUUGAUCAUUCGAAUUAUAAUUGUCGAUCAAUUCAACGUUUGUGGAUUUAUCCGCGCAUAGUUAAGUACACACGAGUACACAUUGUAGGAAACGAAAGCACUGCUAAUGUGACUUUUAAAUUUUUGAAAGUCACGUACAAUUCGGACGAAAUGCACUCGGUGAACAUCGUAAACGGAUUAACGGUUCCUAAGUAUAAUGUCGCUUCGAGAUAUAUGGAUGCGUUUGUAAUGAAAGGUAAUGGUUCAAGAAGCCAGUCGCUGUUAUAUAAACACUGUGAAAAUUCAUACAUCUAUACAUAUCACCUGCUGGCAUCUGGUUUUAUAGUGAUUCAUUUUGCACAGCCGUAUAUAAUUGGUUCAAUGAGGAUGCGGCUUUGGGACCACGACGACCGAGUCUACAGUUACACAAUUGAAGCUUCUGUCGAUAAUCAGAAUUGGGAAAUGGUCGUGAACAAAUCUAAAGAGCUGACACGAUCUUGGCAGAUGUUGCAAUUUACACCGAGGCUGAUGUCGUACAUUCGUAUUACUGGCGUUCACAGUUCAGUAGGCAAUGAUUUCCGUUGUAUAUAUUUGGAGGCUCCCGCUCAAGUGACAUUAGAUUCCAACGUCGUCGAAGACGAUUUUGCGAAAACAAUGUACAAGGAAAACAACAAAACCACGGCAGAAGCAUCGGCUCAACCUACAGCCGGUUAA